AUUCUUAUAAAUUGAUCACGCAUGUUUAUUUUCGUUUUGUCCGCUGAAAGAAGUAUGAAACCAAAACACCGAUUUUUAAAUGAACUUAUAAAUCAAUAGAAUAUUAGUUUCAAUUGAUCGUAAAAAUCAAUAAAAUGAAUAAAUUUAAGUCGUUAAGUGAUUCUAGUACUAGUGAGAGUGAAGAGGAUUAUGGAAAAAGGUUGCAGAAUCAGCUGCAAUUUGACAAGAACAGUUUAAAAAGAAGUUUGAGUACUGAUGAUACAGAAGAUGAACCUGAUUUAACAGCAUUUAAGAGUCCAUAUAAAUAUGCUGAAAGACUUAGUACUGACGAUACUGAAGAUGAACAUCUAGAUACUGUAGAAUUACCUCCCAAUAAGAAGAUGAUGUUGGGCUUCAAAAAUCCUUCCCAUUAUGUGGAAAGAGACAUUUCUGACAGUAGUGAAAGUGAAGAGAAAAGCACACCUGUGAGCUUUGGCUCUGAUAUGCCGAGUAUGGAUGCUUUGAAUGGGAAUUAUGGAGUUGGGAUGAAAAUAAUGUCCAAAAUGGGAUACAAAUCUGGUACCGGUUUGGGAAAAUUUGCACAAGGUAGAGUUAAUAUCGUUGAAGCUUCCCAACAAAGAGGAAGAAGAGGUUUGGGCCUCAAAAUGAAAGCUGGCCUAGAACCUGCUGCUAUUUUGUGGGAAUCUGGACAAGAUGAAAUGAUUUCUGUUGAAGAAGAAGUAACGUGGAUUCCUGACAUUAAUUUUCCAACUGUAAGCAUAAAAGAAUUAAGAGAGUGGAUGACAGAAGGAAAUAAAAUAGACAAGAUUGAUGAUGAAACUGAAUUUGUGGAUCCUACAAUUCUAAAAAAAAUUAUUGAUUACAAAAGUAUAUUUGAUGAGCUUGAACCUGAAGAAAUGAGGAAGGCAAGAACACGAUCCAAUCCUUUUGAAACUAUUCGAGGUGGAAUAUUCUUAAACAGAGCUGCAAUGAAGAUGGCUAACAUGGAUGCCAUGUUUGAUUUUAUGUUUUCUCAACCAAAAAAGAUGAACGGGGAGUCACUUAUAGAAAAUAACGAGCUUUUAUACUUUGCUGAUGUUUGUGCUGGCCCUGGAGGUUUUUCAGAGUAUGUUCUAUGGAGAAAAAAGUGGGAGGCAAAAGGAUUUGGAUUUACAUUAAGAGGCUCAAAUGACUUUAAAUUAGAGGACUUUUUUUCUGGUCCACCUGAAAGCUUUGAACCAUACUAUGGUGUCAAUGAGGAUGGAAAUGUAUAUGCUCCUGAAAAUCUCCGGUCCUUUAGUAAAUAUGUGUAUGAAAAUACUGAAAACAAAGGAGUUCAUUUUAUGAUGGCUGAUGGUGGAUUUUCAGUUGAAGGAAAAGAAAAUGAGCAGGAAAUUUUGUCAAAAAGAUUGUACCUUUGUCAGUUUUUGUGUGCCCUCAUGAUAGUACGGCCAGAAGGUCAUUUUGUGUGUAAAUUAUUCGAUUUAUUCACCACAUUUAGCGUGGGACUUGUAUAUUUGAUGUGUAUGUGUUAUGAAAAAGUGUGCAUAUUCAAGCCAAAUACCAGCAGACCAGCCAACUCUGAAAGAUACAUUGUCUGCAAAUGGAAAAAAGAGAACACUAAAGAUAUCUGUGAUUAUUUGUAUGAGGUCAAUGAAUAUUUUAACAAACUUAGUGACUUUUCAGAAGUAGACAUAAGUGAAGUUGUUCCACUUAAUAUUUUAAAGCAAAAUGAAGAAUUUUAUGACUACAUUUGUGAAUCAAAUAAUAAGUUUGGAGAAAGGCAGAUAAUUCAUUUGGAUAAAAUAAGAGUGUUUGCCCAAAAUUCUGAGUUGCGUGAGGAGCGACAACCUGACUUACGAAAAGAAUGUUUAGAACAUUGGCAGGUUCCCGAUGAAGUUAGGAAAGCCCCUGCUAGACCAGAGGCAAGUAAGAGAUAUGAGCAAUUAUUGCAAGGUGAAAAUUUAAAAUAUCUUAGCUCUUCACCCGAAAUACUUACAACCAGUUCUUUUAAGAAAUUAGAGCAAGUGUUUGAUUUUUACUGUGUUAUCUGUGGAGACUGCAAACCUGACCAACAUCCAACCCUCUUUCUUGGUCUUGGGAGAUCUAGCAGUUACAGAUACGACUCAAAAAGUUGUAAGUGGCUCAAACUUGAAGAAAAGCUUGAUCUUCCUGCUGAUACUCUUUUUUAUGGCGAGCUUAUUUUAGAACUGAAAGGAGAGGGCAGGGCUCAAAGAAAAAUUACAUGCCUUCAUAUUUUUGAUGCUAUGUAUUUGGGAGGAAAAGAUGUUAGAAAUUUUCAUUUUCAAGACAGGUUAUCACUUGCUGAGAAAUUUGUGAAAGCUAUAUCUAAACCAAGCAAAUCUGAUUACACUAAAUUAAGAGUCAAAGAGGCGUGGCAAUUACCUGAUAUUGAACAAAUUUUUCAGAGAUUGAGCAUGAAAUUUAUCAAGAAUGCUCCAGUUCCAAGGCUAUGUUUUGACCUGGGAGAUGGACGACAUAUUUUACCUACCGGCUUAUUAAUUUUCAAGACUACAGCAGAACCAUGGAUUACUGCCUUUAGCAAAACAAAUCAAAGACAGUAUUUAUUCAAUACUAGAAGGAAUGUAUCUUCUUUUGAAAGAACAGAUGCUGCAAAUGCUAAUUUUCAGUCUUGUUUUUCUAAGCGGAUACUUUGGAAUUGGGAAAGGGGUGUAAGACUUAUUCCAGAACAAAAUGUUGAUUGCCAAAACAACCUCGUUCAUGGGCAUAUUCUACUGGAAUUUUUAAAUAAUAGGUUAAACAAGCUAAUGGGUCGCCAAAGAUAAUUCUGUUACUUAUAAUAUUUGAAAGAAAAGGAAAUAUUCAUCUGUAAAUAUUCAUUAUAUUAAAAUAAAGUUAUUGAUGAAAAAAUUA